AUGGCAAAAUCUGAACAGACCUGGGGCAUCACCCCUCCGAUUUCAGUUGCUCUUCCCACACCAGCCGAGACACAGUCUACACAUCUUCUCUUAGAAGAACUGCGACGACAAAAUACGUUUGAAUCCGCAGCCGAAACUAAGAAGAGAGAGAAGGUCCUUGUCGAUCUUCAGCGUAUCGCCGACGAGUUUGUGAGACGAGUAGCAAAGGAGAAGGAACCGCAAAAUGAAGUUCUCAUCCGCGAUGCUCGCGGCGAGGUCUUCACAUACGGAAGUUUCUGUUUAGGCGUCUACGGUCCCGGCUCUGAUAUUGAUACCCUCGUCACUGCUCCCCGAUACGUCACUCGUGAUGAUUAUUUUAAACAUUUCCCUUCUUUACUACAAGAGAUGGCCCCCGAGGGUGCAGUGACAGAUCUCACUGCUGUAGAAGAUGCAUUUGUACCUAUCAUCAAGUUCGAAUAUUGGGGAAUCAGUAUUGAUCUGAUCUUCUCAAGAAUAGCUACGCUGAAACAGUUCCCACCACAUGGCCAACUCAAUCUGAAUAACAAUGAAUAUCUACGUGGCUUAGAUGAUCGUGAGCUCCGCUCCCUCAACGGAACUAGAGUCACGAGAGAGAUUUUGAACCUGGUCCCGGAGCAAAGCACCUUUCGCCUUGCCCUUCGAGCCAUCAAGUUAUGGGCAACACGUCGCGCUAUAUACGCCAACAUUAUUGGAUUUCCCGGUGGAGUAGUGUGGGCUAUGAUGGUAGCACGGGUUUGCCAACUCUAUCCGAAGGCAGCGAGUGCUACCAUUGUUUCCAAAUUCUUUCAGAUCAUGAAAGUCUGGCAGUGGCCUAUACCUGUACAGCUGAAGCACAUGGAUGAGGGGCCACUCAAUGUCCGUGUCUGGAAUCCCAAGAUAUACAAGAGUGACAGCUAUCACCUAAUGCCUGUAAUCACUCCUGCUUAUCCUCAGAUGUGUGCAACUUUCAACAUCACACAUUCUACCAUGGCCAUUAUACAGCGCGAGCUGGAACGGGGCGCUGAUCUCACUGAUAGGAUAAGAGCCGGAAAGCUCGCGUGGAAGGAUCUUUUUGUAAAGCACACGUUCUUCACUGCAGACCACAAGUAUUACUUGGCCGUCAUUGCGACUAGUACUACCAAAGAGGCGCACAAGAUAUGGUCAGGGUUCGUAGAGUCGAAAGUCCGUGUUUUAGUGGGCGAUCUGGAGCGGCAUGCUUCGGUUGCGAUUGCGCGCCCCUUCAAUAAAGGAUACGAAAGGGUACACAAGGUUAAGAACGACCAGGAAACUGAAGAGGUUCGAAAUGGGAACCUGACUUACCUUGUCCAAGAUGACGAUAGUGAAGAUGACAACAAGGUGAAGAACGAGAAUGGUGUUGAAGUCAAGACUGAGGACAAGACAGAACAGAAUCCCACGGUCAAAGUUGAGAAUGGCGAAUCGAUGAGCUUAGAUAUCAAGUCCGACUCUGAGGACCAGAAGAUUAAUGUGGAGAGCAUCCCCGAUGCAGCCCCCAACGCAUCGAAGAUAUACACCACGACGCACUAUGUAGGCCUCGAGCUUGCUGAAGGCGCAAAAUCAUUGGAUCUGUCUUUCCAAGUAAACACAUUUAAGGAUCUGUGCAGUCAAUGGGAGAAGUACGAGCCAAGCUUGAAUUAUCUCAGUAUCCAGCACGUGAAGAAUACCAAUCUUCCCGACGACGUUUUCGAGCCCGGAGAAGUCAAACCAGCGCGCCCCCGCCCUGUUAGAAAGAUAGUUGCAAACGGCGAUUCCACAGUCAGCCAAAAGAAGCGCAACGCUUCGUCCGAAGGGAACCCGCCACCCGCGAAACGACCACAGCCUGCCUUACAAACCCCUGCCGCUGCUGUGGGCUGA